AUGGGCAUAACUGGCUGCGGAAAAACUACUUUCGUGAACCUCUUCUCUGAUCGCAAGCUCGAGGUUGGGCAUGGACUAGACUCAUACGGCACGAAGGUCUACCUGGUCGAUACCCCUGGCUUCGAUGACACCUAUCGGUCCGACUCCGAAAUCCUGCGCGAAGUCGCGCUCUGGCUGAACAAGGCGCACACGGAGAAAUUGCGACUAGCUGGAAUCAUCUUCCUCCAACGGAUCUCAGAUGUGCGAGUAGGCGGUAGCGGAAUUAAGAACAUAAAAAUGUUCCAAAAGCUGUGUGGUGACGGCCCGCUGUCAAGCGUGGUGUUAGCGACAACAAUGUGGGACAUGGCCUCACCAAAUGCAGCAAUCGAACGCGAAAGAGAACUACAAGAACAACCACAGCUAUGGAAACGAAUGAUAGACCACGGAAGCUGCGUAUUCCGUCACGACAAAGGAAAGUCGUCAGCGAUGAAGAUCAUCAAAUACCUGAUGAAGCGAAAGAAGCCCGUAACCCUCGACAUACAGCGCGAAAUGGUCGACCAAAACCUCGAACUAGUCGACACAGGCGCUGGAGGCGCCCUAGCAUCAUCCGUAGAAACGCUCAUCAAGCACUACGAAAAGAAGCUAAAAGAGCUGGAACAAGAUCUCAAAGAGGCCCGCGCUCAGAGCAACAAAGAAGACCGCGAGAUUUUGGAAGCAGCGCAGAAACAAUACCAAGACAAUCUCGCGAAGCAACAGCAGGAAAUGCAGAAUUUACAGGUUAGUGCGGCGCAGCUGAUAGAGGAUACUAAGAAGCGGUUUGAAGAGAGCGAGGUGUCGGCUAGGGAGAAUAUGCUACGAGCUCAGGCGAAUCAUGCCGCAGAGCUGGAGAAGCAGAGGGUGGUGUUGCAGAGACAGUUUAAGGAGAAGUAUCUGCAGAUGAUGCAUGAGCGGGCGUGUAAUGUAAUGUAG